UUAUCUUGUUUUCAAUCUAUUUGUCAAAUUGAAAUCUAUUUAUAAGUUAAUUUACAAUUUUACAAGAUUUUACGUAAAACAACAAAGCUCAUUAUCGUUGCAUAAAGUUCGGGACGAUCUAAUAAUCAUGAGCAAUAUCCGCAUCAAAAGAUAUAUCUUUUAAUGUUGCCCAUAACGACGUAAUAUUGAAGGUUAAUCAUUUGACAGUGUCUACAUUGUAUUUAUCGUUUGUAAAUCCAUUUUAAUCUAAGUACGUAAACGUUAUUGUAAUUAGUCUAUCUAGUUGCUACUUUUACUCAAUGUACUUGUGCAGACAUUACAGAUAAUAUGAAAUUAUUGUAUUCGAAAAGUUGAUCUUUGGAAUGUAAUAGGCCUCGAUCGCUAUGGAACACCUUUUAUUUUACUCGGUGUCUAUAUUUAUAUGCAUACUGAAGUACGUAACAUCAGAUGUUUUGGUACUACCUAUCGAUGGCCGGUACAUAGCAGAAGAAUUUAGGGAUAAAGCGUCAUUGUUUGGAAAUCCUCUACCAUAUAAAGGUUUACAGGGAAUAUUGGUCUAUGCAAAUCCACCAGAUGCGUGUAAUUCACUGCUUAGUCCUCCAGAUCUACCUGGUUAUAAGGGGAUGUUUGUAGUUUUAAUAGCACGUUCACCACAAAACUGUUCAUUUGAACAUAAAGUUCGAAUGGCGGAGAACGCCUCAUAUGAUGGGGUCAUUGUACAUAACGUAGGAUCGGACGAACUGGAACCGAUGUCCGCAAAAAAUAAAGUCGGAAUUACCAUACCGUCCGUUUUCGUCAGCGAGACCACGGGAAGAAUACUGCAGGAAAUGUAUUGCAGUCCAGAUUAUUUUGUAAUAAUCAACUCGGAGAUGCCGUUUAAUUUUAAUUCAACAUUGUUAAUUCCCUUCGCAAUCGUCGUGGGGGUUUGUUUUAUAGUUAUGGUUAUAUUUAUUGUUAUCAAAUUUAUAAAAGAUCGCAGAAGACAACGCAGGCAUAGGCUGCCGUCUUCUACCUUAAAUCAAAUACCCACAUGUAAAUUUGCCAAAGGGGACCCAUAUGAUACAUGCGCAAUUUGUCUGGAUGAUUAUGUGGAAGGAGAAAAAUUAAGAGUUCUACCUUGUGCGCACGCGUACCAUUGUAAAUGUAUUGAUCCUUGGUUAACGAAAAAUCGUAGAGUUUGUCCUGUUUGCAAACGGAAAGUGUUUGCUCAGCAUGAAUCUCAUCACUCCAACUCCGAUAGCGAUUCCGAUGCGGAUGACACUACACCGCUAAUGAACUCGAGUAAUCAAAUGUCGCACAGUGGUGGAACAUUUGAUUCUCUAUCGGAGAAUCCCUUUCAACGUGCUGCUCGAUCUGCAUCCCAGCAUGCGGACGGAGUGAACUUAGUAACGGCGUCUGGACAUCACAGUAUAAAUGGCGAGGUUGAAGCUAGUGACGAUUCAGAUUCAUCUACUUCUUCCGAUUCAUCACACCAUUCAACCGCUGCACUAAUUACUCUCCUAAGGGACGUUGAAGAACAAUUGCAAGGGGAUUAAGUGCAGAAAUUUGUCAUCAGUUUCAUUCUUACCUGGUCAAUUUGAUUGAAAUUUGUAUGUUUUCUGUUAACGUUUGGAACUUUAAUACGGUGCUAUUAUUUAGUGAUAUGACUUUAGUUCUUAUGAUUAUCUCUUUACAUUUAGCUGUAGGUUUCCAAUUAUUUGGCUGCUUUUUUUAAUGAAGUAUUUGACUGUAAUUCUUUAUUCUGUAUUUAAAUGUAUGUAUAUUGAGGACUUGAAUAUAUGUAGAAAUUAAGUGUAA